GCUCAGUCACAGUACAGCUGCCACCCUCUGGAUGUGUGAACAACAGAGGGAGUAAAAAGUUUGUGAUAGAGGGAUAAAAGAACAACAGAUGAAGAGAUGAAGCUGUGGAUUGUGUGUGUGUUGUGUUUUGCUCCAGCUCUAGUGGGCAGUACGUGUGUAACAGAUUCGAGGAACGAUGGCUAUCUGGUCAGGAUCAGCAUUAUAACAGCUCUGGGACACGAGGCUUACGACUGGAACGAGAGUGAGAUGUUCUUCUUUAGAGCAUCAGUGGCCUUCGCCAUGAGGAGUUACAGCAACAACCAGACCUACGACGUCUCAAACAUCUUAGUGUGUAAUGAAACACAACGAGUGUCGUUUUGGUUCGUGGUGACGUCACCGAGUGACAGCUCUCAGCUCAUUCCCAAACACACAGUGGAGAACGCCAUCAAGAAAUCGAGGAAUCGGAUCAAUAACGCUUUCCUGCUGACGGAUCAGACGCUGGAGUUUGUGGGAAUAAACCCGACUCUGGCGUCUCCAGUGCAGUACGAGACGCAGCCGUGGCUCAUCGCCUUCGGGGUGGUGAUGGGACUCGUGUGUGCUGGAAUCAUUGCCAUGCUCCUGACCUCCCUCAUCCAGAGGAAACGUGCGAAGAGCAAACACUCGGAGGAAGAAGAGGAAGUCGGAGGAUCGAUGACAGGAAAUGGAAUAAUGUGUGAGGUUCUGAAGGAGAAAGACGGCUUUAUUGAGCGAGGAGCUGCUGCUGAUGAUCGCUUCACUAAACUCUAACCAAUGAGACACUUUUACACGUCUGUCAGUGUCGUCACACAUCAGCUCCAAUUAAUGAUGCUGACAGCAGUCAGGCUUAACUAGACUUUAUUUCACACUCAGCUCCAGAAUUACUGGCACCCUCAGCAAAAAUGGGUAGAAAGGAAACAUUGAAAAAGAAACUUCGAGCAUCAGUCGACUCUGACACGGUUUCCUGUGAAACCUUCACACACAGACACACUUCACACUUCAGACACAGUGUACAUCACUUCCUGUACACUGAACCCCUUCAUAUCAAACUCAGCAUUACAGAGCCAAAGAUACGUUUAGUUCCCAAAUCUAGUUUUCAUCAGGUAUUUAUUACUGUGUCCCAGAUGUGUUUAUUAAUUUACUACUGAACUGAUUUUUGACAGGUGCCAAUAGUUUUGGAGUCGACUGAACGUGUGAAAACUUUAGCAGUGAUUCAGACUGAGAUUUUGACAUGUAAGAAGAAAUAUUGGUUAUUAAACUGUUAUGUAGAAUAAUGUAUUAAUUUUUCAUUAAUAAUAACAAUAAUAUAAAUAAUAAAAAUAAAUAUUCUGCCA